CUCGGCACUACAUGAGCUAAGAAGGAAGUCACUACUAUGGACCAGAGCACUUUAGAGGCUGGACAGAUGAAUGUUGCUGUUGACUGGAACCAGCAAUAAAAUGCUGCCGUGGAAGAAGAAUAAGUUCGAUCUGAUAGAGGAAGACAAGCAGUCCAAGCAGAAGGGCUAUGCGGUGAGUCUCAACUACUCUGCCCUCACCUCCUUCGCCAAGUCCUGCCCGGAGAGCGCGCUCAACAGGGUGGGCAGCAUGUUCAAGUCGAAGAGGAAAAAGGUGAAGAUCACCAGCGAGGACCCCACGUACACGGUGCUCUACCUGGGCAACGCCACCACCAUCCAGUCCAAGGGCGACGGCUGCACGGACGUGGCGGUGAGCAAGAUCUGGGGCAAAAGCGAGAUGGGCAAGAACGGCACCAAGAUGCGGCUGACCAUCAGCUCGCAGGGCAUCCGCAUGGUGCAUGUGGACGACAAGGCCAAGAGGCCGGGACACUUGUACCUGCUGCACCGGGUAACCUACUGCGUCGCGGACCCGAGACUACCCAAGAUUUUCGCUUGGAUUUACAGGCACGAGAUGAAGCACAAGGCCGUGAUGCUGCGCUGCCACGCGGUGCUGGUGUCCCGGCCGGAGAAGGCGAAGGCGAUGGCGCUGCUCCUGUACCAGACCUCGGCCACGGCCCUGGCCGAGUUCAAGCGACUAAAGCGGAGAGACGACGCGCGGCACCAGCAGCAGCAGCUCGUAGGGGAGCAGACCAUCCCCCUGGUCCCCAUCAGGAAGCUGCUGAACGGACAGUGUUACUACAAGCCCCCCGUGGAGCGCAGCCGGAGCGCGCCGAAGCUCGGCUCCAUCACGGAGGACCUGGUCGGGGAGGAGGAGGAGGAGAGGGCGAUGCACUUUGAGUGCGAGGACAUUCUGGACACGGACGACGAGUGCGUUGCCAACGGCAAGCAGGAGUUGACUCAGAUCAUCAGUGACUUGGGAGAGAUGAGCAUAGGGAACGACGUGCAGACGCUGAAAGCGGACCUGAGAGUCACCCGACUCCUCUCCGGAGAGAGCACGGGGAGCGACUCCUCCAUCGAGAGCAGCCAGGAGCCCGCUCCGCUGGCCAACGGGCUCGGGGAGCUGAGGGUGCAGGGAAUUGCCUGAGUACUGUUACUACUGGGGCAGCUCUGGUCGCCUGUGGCGCACCGUGUCUCCAUCACCGACAGACAUUUUCCUCGGUCGUCAAAGUUGUGUUGGAGUUUUGGUUUGUCUAAUCUGUGCCUCCGCCGCUAAUUGGCAGUAUCCAGAAAAGACCCACAGGGUUUCUGUGACGGUGACCGAACACAGACACAUCAUCAAGCCACUGAAUGACAAUCGAAGAGCGUGUUACACACACGGGGGGGGGGUACAGAUGGAAAAACAAGUGCGAUGCUCCAACUGACACAAUCCCGGUGCGCCUCAGGGCGCACGGCACCUAUUCCACCUCUUUUGUUUAAGAGGAUUUGUUUGUAGCUUCAAGCUUGUUUGCCUAACGCUUUUUUUUGUUGAACAAUGCUUAUUAUGAUCCACAAACAUUCCGUGUUUGAAGCACGCUCCUCUUCUCCACGACUCGGUGGCUCGCUGGCUCUCAACGGACAUCCUUCAUUUCCCUGUCAGGGCGCUUCUGCAAUGGCCUGUUGGUGGAUUUUUCAUUUUGCACUGUUGUGGAGUUCAUUCAAGUAUUAUGUUGACUACAUGUAUACGAUAUGUUAUGAUUGGUAUGUUGUCUGAAACAUAAAUGUCAUAUCUUUGCUGUGCAAAAGAAAAACACACUUUAUGUAUUAUGAUGUAAAGUAAGAUGUUUUGAGUAUAAAUAUGUUAUUUUUUAACGAAUGAAAAUGUGGUUUGUUAUGUGAACCUCAUAAAUUAUCAAUAAAAAUAGAAAAUGAUUUUAAA